GCUGAUUAUAUCAAAAAACUUGCGCAAAUCAAAGGAUUUUAUGAUUUUUAGCCUAGCUUUAUCUGGUCUAAUAAUUACCAUAGUCACUCAUCCAAUAUCCAUUUACACUACUUAUUUUGGAAAUGGAAACUCUGAAGCAGUCGAAGGUCUUCUGUGUGAUGUUGUCAGCCACUGUUUAGUAAUAAGCAUCGGCGCAACUUGGUAUAGUUCUUCUCUUAUGGCUCUAAAUUGUUUCUAUUCAACUCGGCCUCAUUCAAAAAUGCGAAUAAUAUUACAAAGCAGACUGUGUAUUAUAUUUUUGUUGGUUCUUGCCUGGCUCAUUCCCACUGUGAUCACGGUCAUACCUCACAUUGCAGGGUACGCAUUACCAGCUUAUGCUCCCGUAUGGGGUGUCUGCCAAACUCUUAUGCGUGCCCCUCGAAAAGAAAAUAUCACAAAUAGUGCCAUCAUUGUAGUGGUAUUUUUAAUGGCUUUCAACAUGAUUGUAUGCUCAUUUUUCUAUGCCAAAUUGUUAGUAUUCUUGUACAGGCGAACUGUUAUAUUUUCUAAUAGUGCAGUACAGGGUCAGUUUGAAAGAACGUGUAAACAAAUGAUUCUCAUGUUUUUCUUAAUGGUAGUUUGUUUAUUGCCAUUGACCAUUGUAGGAUUUG